AUGUCUUCAACAUCGUGGGCUGGCUAUGGACCGUCGGUUCCGGCUCCGGCUCCAGGCCCGUCGUCAAACCAGCAACACAGGAGCGGAUCGGGGGAGAGGCAGAAGAAGCCACAGACUCGUCAGCUACUGUCUUGUACAAAAUGCCGUGAGCGCAAGGUCAAGUGCGACCGAACCAAACCAUGUUCCGCUUGCUGUGCUCGAGGACAUCCCAAGGAAUGCGAGUUUGUUGUUGGAGAAGGCAACGACUACAGUCCGAUACAACAAUCAUACGAGAUUCGCAAGUUACGAGCAGAGAAUCAGCGGCUGAGAGAACGUCUGCAAACGUCCCGUCUCUCCCAUUCUGGGGAGGAGGAAGAUGAAGAUGAAUCUGAUCGCAAGGCUUCGAAAUCGACAUCCCGAGCGGCAGCGACACGACAACGACGCUUCAAGACUUCAGAACGUGUCGAUAAUCUCUACUUUGGGACACCCGGUCUUGCGAACAUAGUCGCCGAUUUCGCGAACCUUCAAUUCGGUAGCCAAUCUCUGACACACACAGUCCCACGAGGACGUGACAUGUAUGCAGCAUCUGAUGGCUCUGCUGCGUAUCCAUUUCCCAUCAUAUGGCAUGGAGGAAACUCAGCCGUGGAGAUGGCACGGGCGUUGCUUACCUCGCACGAUGAAAUUUACGCUUGUCUCGACAUGUUCCAACGACGAGCCCAGUCAUGCUACUUUCCACACACUCCGGACGAGGUGACGAAGAAAGAGGUCGAACGGUUCCUAUCUGACAUGGAGGGUAACGCUGAGCGAUUUCCGGACAUGCUGGCGCUCAUCUUCGCGACGCUUGCUACCGGCAUGCAAAUGAGCGUCUAUGACCUUCACGGCGAGUGGAUAGCUGGAGCAGUCGAAGAGACGAGAAGGAAGAGCGAUGUGUAUCUGGCUGCUUCCAUGCAAGCAUUACGUCUCGCAUCAUUCAUGAACACGCCAACUCUACUCGCUUUGCAGACACUGAUUAUGAUCGGUCCAUAUUUGACCAACAGCGGUCGAUUCCUCGACGCAUGGACUUUGUUCGGUACCACCAUACGAAUGGCGCACUCAAUAGGCCUCCAUCGAGACCCGAAAUUCCUGAAUCCAGCACCUCCGCAGUGGGAGAGUACCACAAGGAAGACGCUGUGGUGGUGGAUGUUGCAUAUGGAUCAGCAGUACUCCGUGACGCUGGGAAGGCCCCUGGGAAUAUCCGGAAUAGGAGAUUGUCCACCACCCGAGCCUUUGACAUCGAAUGCGACCAUUCUACGACUGGGAGAGUUCAUUGAUCACUUCACCAUCCUGGCCCGACAGAUUUUGAGUUCUGAUGGGCUGAUGAAUGUUGGAAAGAUUGAUGAAUAUACCGACAAGCUCCUGGGACUGUGGGAUACCAUGCCGGAGGCGCUUCAAUUCAACGAGAGCUGGUUGCGUGAUCAGACGCCGCUUCCGGAUUGGCCUUUGGAGGCCAUGUCUGCAACUCUUUUCGCCAAAGUCCAGUCUUUCCUGGUACUUCUCAACCGCCAGCGAGUCGAGCGGACGCAAGGUAUGCCUGGCGAUCACUCACCACCGAGCUCUAUGGGACCCCCGCCACGUCCACAUCAGAAUAUGGGUGUGCCGAUGCCUUCUGGGCAUAACGAUCAACCUCUUCAUCCAGCACCACUUCGUGGCAGAGCCUUGGUGAUCAACUCUUCAAUCUCUCUCCUCCACGCAUUCCUCUUCUUUCGACGGCGGAAUCCUGCCGUGCUAAUCUCUUGGACCAUGGGACAGCAAGCGUUUAACGCGUGUAUGAUUUUAAUCCUCGACGCAUGGGAGACAGAGCAGGAACAAAACCAAUGGCUGGUGGAACAGGCUUUUGUGGUGUUUCAGGAAUUGCAACGCAACGGUGUGCAUAAACUUGCCGAGCUUGCUGUACGGCGGAUCUCGGACGGGAUCGUGAUGCUGGGGAAUCGAAGGGAUGAGCGAGAGCGAGAGGCCUCCAUGUCUCAGCGAUCAAUGCACUCUCAAGGCUACUACCAUCCACGCCUCCACGUCGACACUGCAGCCAUGGCGGACUUUUCCGGGGAUGCCGUGAUGGGGAACACCGGAAUGUUUCUGCUCGAAGAUCCAGGUCUGCAAGGUUACGUCGUGCCGUCUUUCGAGCCCCUUGGCUGGAACAUGGCCGGCAACGCGCCAGCUUCGAAUCGCUCUCAUCCAACAACCCCCAACAUACCCUCUACGAUCCCCGUCAGCCAAGUCACAGCAGCGCCCUAUCCAGUGGUUUCCACACCCUUCAUGUCGAGCAACCAAUACGUUCACAAUUACCCCGAAGGCGGCGGAUACUCACAUGCACAACAAAAUCUCCCCCAGCAACCCCACCCACAUCAACAGCGCCUACCAACCCAAACUCUCACGCAACAGCAAGCAGCAUUCACAGCGAUCAACUCUCAGAAUCAUCAACGACAGCAGCAAUUAUCACCCCAGGAUCAAGCGUCUUUUUCUCGGCUUCGCGGCCCCCGCCCUUCCAGCAGCAGCAGCAACAACAACAACAACAACAACAACAACAACAACAACAACAACAACAACAGCAGCAGCAGUCAGGUGCAGCAUCAUCAUCAUCAUCAUCAUGCACACCGCAGCCACGGCAGCAGCGUGCGCGCCGCCAGCAGCAGCAAAGACGUCACAGGCGCGGGACCGCGAGGAAUCAACCACCAUCGACUGGAUCGUCCCCCUCGAUCUCAACAGCGACGGAAGUAG